AGCCUUGCACCAUAACUAGCACCACUAUUCCACACAGAGAACUUAUACAGGAUCAAUUGGAUGAGCAGUGUAAGCUCAGGUUGAUAUUGAGAUGUGAAUGCACUCUGCCAUAAAUUUAAUACCCAAAACCUGAGUCAAACGCGUUCGAAUGCUUACACGUAUCAGGUUCAACGCCUUUCCAACCGGUUCCUGCAAUAACUGAACAAGUUCUUGGUCGAGUAACUCCGCAUCCAGUUGGCCAACGCGGAUCACUCGAGCGGAGGGAGUGUUCUGACUACUGAGAGCUUCUUGGAUCGAUCGAAGACGGGGCUGCGCUUCCUCCCAGAGCUGGUGCCACGAUGAAGGAGGAGAUGAGGACAUCGUGGACGUCGGUGUCGAGAGGGAUUCAUGGUGGUCGUGGUCGUCUGCGAGGGCGGGAAAAGGGGAAAUGUCACAAUCACGUGGAGGUCUGUAAAGAGUAGAGAUCUCAGAUCUCCCUAGAUUGACUCGAUCAUCGUAAGCAAAUAUCGACCGCAUAACUUGUCUUUGCUUUCUUUCUGCUACCACGCGUUCCGCACUUCUAGAGUCUAUACCACAAUCUUCCAACAAUGGCAGAGGCCAUUCAACAACUCAUCCUUGAUACCCUCGAUAAACAGGGUACAAUCAAAGACACUCGUACCCUCGUCCUGCCUGGGCAGAUAGAUCCUGCGGCGACGCACGAUGCACAAAUCAUCAUCCUUGGAGCUCUCAACUCUCUUUCUAGUAGAGAGAUGAUUACAUAUACCACCCAAGAAACCCUGUCCCAUGUCCUCACACAGGAAGGUGCAUCAAUAGCCUUGAAUGGCUCACAUGAAGCUCGUGUAUGGGCCGUCCUUCCAUUGAAAGGAGAGGGAGAGCCAGUACCCCCGAAAGAACUGGAGAAACGAGUGGGUGCGGAAACGGCAAAGCUUGGUCAGGCAAAUGCGUUCAAGAAAAAGUGGAUUGCUAAGGAUGGUCCGGGAUUGGUCAAGUUGGUUUCUGAGAUUGUCGAUCAGACUCAACUCGAUAUGCGUGAGGUCGACUCUACAGGCACUCUGAAGGCAGGGGAGAAAGCACUUGCAGAGCUUCGUAGGCGAAAGCUCAUUACCCAGAGGAAAGGCCAAUGGUUCACUGUUCACAAGGGUCCCCUUUUCAGCACAUCAAUCGCGAAGCCCGAGACUGACCUCACUGUGGAUAUGCUCACAAGUGGAUCUUGGAAGACCUCGACCUACAAGAGAUAUAAUUUCGAUGCGGAAGGAGUUCCCACUGGUGGUGGUUCUCUGCAUCCAUUGAUGAAAGUUCGCGACGAGAUUCGUAGCAUCUUCUUGGAGAUGGGCUUCGCUGAGAUGCCGACAUCCUCUUUCGUCGAGUCAGGCUUCUGGUGCUUCGACUCAUUAUACGUCCCACAACAACAUCCUGCUCGAGAAGUCCAAGACACCUUCUAUCUCUCUGACCCGUCAACCUCACUCCCUCCUCCAGAAGCUUACUACAAGCGAGUCGCAAAAGUCCACGAGCACGGCGGAUAUGGAUCCACAGGAUACCGUGCUCCAUGGUCAGAUACCGAAUCAAGUAAACUCCUGCUUCGAACGCACACUACCGCCACUUCAGCGUCCAUGCUUUACAAACUUGCGGCCAAGUGUCGUGGUGAAGAGGUAGACGAUGACGGUUUGGCUACCCAUUCUGGUACCACUCAAACACACAAGGAAGAUGGAGAAGAGAGCGAUGCGUUCAGACCGGCGAAGUUGUUCAGUAUCGAUCGAGUGUUCAGAAACGAGACUAUGGACGCAACUCAUCUGGCUGAGUUCCACCAAGUGGAGGGUGUGGUCGCUGACCGGGGGCUUACUUUGGCUGAUUUGAUUGGUUUCAUGAGGGUCUUCUUCAAGAAGAUGGGUCUCGAGAAUAUCAGAUUCAAACCCGCAUAUAACCCAUACACCGAGCCUUCACUAGAAAUCUUCGCAUUCCACCCCCAACUAGGCAAAUGGGUCGAAGUAGGCAACAGUGGCAUGUUCCGUCCCGAAAUGCUGGAGCCCAUGGGUUUCCCCAAAGAUGUCCAUGUCCAUGGUUGGGGUAUUGGAUUGGAGAGGCCUACGAUGAUCAAAUACGGUAUCAGCAACAUUCGUACGUUAGUGGGGCACAAGGUGUCCAUUGAGAACGUAGAGAGCUCACCGGCUGUAGCUUUUCACAUGUAGCGUAGCUUUUAGGAUGUAGGGCAAAAAUGUAAAACAUGUAUGUGCACUCGAUUAGAGGGUUUUCUAAACAUGGUCUGCGAUGCUUACACGAAAGCCAGGUUUACUCGUGGUUCUUUUCCAAGUAAUCAUGAUAUGAGGAUAGUUUAAAUGAUGUCUGUGCGGGGUACACUGAAGUAAUCCACCAUCCUAAACGGCUGACUAUAGAGCGGUAAGAUGAUAGAUAAGUAAGUGGGAGGUUGGAUGAACAGGUUUAGAAUGAGAAAAUGGCCGCAUUCUUCUUUGACCCAAACAUGUACACGAAACUCUGACUCAUAAAUAGUCCGACAGUGAUACCAAUCGUAACUGCAACCAUGGCAUUUCCAAUCU